CGGGGUCCGUCUCCGUUGGCGGUCCGCCGAGGAAUGGGGAGGGAGCAAUGGUGGCGGCGGCUCUUGCUGUCGGUGCUGCGGGCAGUGAACCGGCUGCUGCGGCAGCGGCGGCUCCAUGGGGCCCUGGCGGCCGUCAAGGGAUUCCGCAAUGGGGUCGUGUAUGGAGCCAAAAUUCGAGCCCCGCAUGCACUUGUGAUGACAUUCCUGUUCAAGAGUGGAAGUCUAUUAGGCAAACUGAAGGCCAUCGGACAAGCCACGUACACUCAUUCCCGAAACCUGGCCAUAUUUGUCUUCCUCUAUAAGGGGCUGCUAGCAGCACAGCAGUGGCUGCAGGGUGAGAAGGUGCAGUUCCACUCGUUCUUGGCAGCUUGUAUCGGGGGCUGGUUUGUGUUUGGAGACAACAACCACAUCAACAGCCAGAUAAACAUGUAUCUGUUGUCACGAGUCCUCUUCGCUCUUUCACGACUGGCUGUCGAAAAAGGUUACAUCCCUGAGACAAAGCAAGACCCUUUCCCGCUGUUUGCCAUGUUGGUGUGGGGUGUUGUCCUGUGGCUGUUCGAGUACCAUCCACACACACUGCAACCAUCACUCCAGUCCUCCAUGACCUACCUCUAUGAAGACAGCAAUAUCUGGCAUGAUAUAUCAGACUUUCUAGUUUAUAACAAAAGGAGCACUGAUAAAUAAGUGGACGUCUGCUUGGAGGAAAGCAACUUUUUAGCAGGAUGACAUUUCAAUUAAUUUUCUUCUCUGUCCUGAAGAUUUAACAACCAGUUUGACCAUCGGCUCAUCGGAGCCUCUGACAGUUGGAUAUAUGUGUGUAAUGUUGGAAGCAUCCAGUCUGUACGUAAAAACCAUUUGUUCCUCAAAACGUGAACUAAGCACAAUGAACUUCCUUAUCCUUAAUUUAAUAUGGCUCUGCUGGAGGAUUCCAGCUAGCCUGGUAACCACUGCUGCUGUGUUUGAGCAAGAGCUAUGGCUGAGGUUUAUUUCUGCCAUCUCGACUCUCCUUAACACUGCUUUACGAAUCAGUCAUCACCAACUGUGAUCACUAGAUCAGACGGGCUUACUUUUAUGUUUGCUUAUCUCCAAAUCCAUCUUGGAACACCUGGGCCUAUGAGAGGCUGACAAGUUGAUGGGGUGGGAAGAGUGAAGAAGAAUCUCAUUGGGCUCACAAACCCGCUGCUGUUUAAAAAAACGGAACCAUUUGUCAUUUGGAAGAGAGAAAAUGGCCCCCUUCACUGAAGGGAUAGAAAGAACAAAUUGAUUACCAAUUAGUGCGUUAAUCCUUGUAAUCGAUUCAGGGCUUUUGUCGAAAUGCCGCAUAAUUCCUGCUCUCUUAUAUUCUUGCCAUUUAAAUACACUGCCAGCAUUCCAUAUGCCUUUUUCACUGAAGUAGAUAAAGUUUUAAUGUCCAUUGCAAACUUCAGUUUAUUCGUAACUCUGCAAACUGUGCCCUAACUUGCGCCAAGUCUUGUUCCCCUAUUACCUCUGCUGCUCGUUGACCUGCAUUGGCUCAGUCUUGAUUUAAAAUUCUCAUCCUAGUUUUCCAAUCCUUCCAAAGCCUUGUCCCUCCUUUUUUCCAUAAUCUUGUCCAGCUCAAAGCCCUCCAAAAUAUCUGCGCUCAUCUAAUUCUCCCCUCCUAAGCAUCCUCAAUUUUAAUCACUAUGUCAUUGGUGGUUGAGCUUCGCUUUCCUGGUCCCAAGCUCUGCAUUGUGCUCCCUAUACCUCUCCACCUCAGUUGCUUCUUUUAGGAUAGUUCCAUAAGAUUCUACUUCUUUGAUCAAGGUUUGGAUCAUUUGAUGUAAUCUCUCCUUAUGUGGCUUAGCAUCAUGUUUUUUGUAAUGCUUCUGUGAAGUGCUUAGGGACGUUUUAAAGGUUAAAGGUCUUUAAUUAAUACUUAAAGUAUCAUAUAUGCUUAUGUCAAAAUCAAUUUUCUAACUUUACCAUAUAUACGUGAGCCUUAGUCAAUCUCAUUUAAUAAUUAAUGUCUGACUUUUAGCCAAAAAAUUGAAAAUCUGACUAAUUGCAACCUGCCUACCAUUGAAGUCAAACUAUCCCUGAAGUGAACCUAAUAGAUAGAGUCAUUGAACAGCACGCCAUGGGUGUUCAGCCUCUUGUACCUGCAUACAUCAACCAUGUACUAUCAAGGCGAACCCUUCACUGGUGCACACUGCGUCCAGCCCUCUAACAUGGCGAAGUUGCAUAGAGAAGGAACAACAGAAGAUAUUAAGGACAGCAGGUAGGCAGGCAGAUUUAAAAAAAUACACCUUCUGCGGAACUGAAAGUUAAGAACCUGAAAUAGAGUCUAAGAAUUGGCAGUAGAUUUUUCCAGGGUGAAAUUAGAAAACAUAUCGAGGCAUACGGUGGCGAUAGAAGUAUAAAAAUUCUUUUUACAAAUGGCAAUUGAUGCUAAAUUAAUUGUUUAUCUGAGUUGAGAUUGACAGAUAUGGGACAAAGAGCUGAGCAGUAGAUCAGUCACGAUCUAAGGGGAGAAUACGAUUGAGGGACGAAUUGGCCUAUUCCGGUUCCUACAAAUUUGUAUAUCACUCCUCUUUAUUAAUCAGCCCGCGUUUUAUGAUAAGUUGAAAAUGACAUGUUAAGUUUUUUUCUGUGCUGGUUUGUGGAAAUGAAGACAGGUAGCAAAUCUCUAACCUAUUAGCUGAAACAGUUAGUCUAGUCAUAGAAACAACUUGUCAGUCUCUCCCCACACCCCCCAAAAAAAGUCUUAAACUAUUGGUUUUCUUUAGGUCUGAUGCCUUUCGCAGUCCCAGCGCUCCCAGUUAGCUCUCAGCCUCAAUCAUACCACUUUGUUUCUAAUUUCCUACUUCCUGAUGUUUCAGAGCCUGGGUUCAACCACUUUGUAAGCCAACAAGUUUAUUAAAAAAGAGACUAAAAGGUAAAGCUGUGUAAAUCAAAGCAUUAAAAUUCUGUAACAUAUAUACAAAUGUUAGGAAAAUGUCAGUUCCAAUUACCCCUGCUGGACCCGUGAUUGAAACCACAGGUCAACCCUUUGGUUUAGCUCUUGUCUUUGUCUUUUAAUUUUAAAUAUUAAAAUGGAGUUCUUUCAAGAUAAUUAUUGUAAUAUAAAUUACAUAUAUAGGUCACCAAGUGCUGGCUUAUACACUGCUCCUGUUAUAAUGAUUGAAACCACCCUUUUGUGUUUUUCUGUUAGUUUUCUUCCUGUAAUACUAUAAUUUCUCCUAUUUAAUAUUUAAUACAGAUUGUUAUUGCAAUGAAA